UAAUUUGAUUAAGCAAAAACCCAGAGAAAGCAGCCCAGUGAACAAAUGCAGACUAAAAAGAGCAGUAAGAAUUUGACAUUAUGCACAGAUCAGGAUAGUGUGAAAUAGGGAUAUCGAGGGAAGUAGAGAGGGGAAAAUAAACGUGAGGAACGUGAGGUCAGGUCUAAUAAUACUGAUAAGAGCUUGUCAUGGCCGCCUCACCAUCUCAUUCGAUUGGGAAGAAUGGAGACUGUGUGGGACAAUUGCGUGUGUGUCUGCCAGCUGUGUGUAUGCGUUUGGGAUGUGUUUGUAUGCGUGUGCCAGAUUAGUGUUUGUUUGUUAGAGCUGUGUGUGUGUUUACUACGACUUUCUGUACUGCUGUUCCACUGGAUCCCUCAUAUCGGACUGACGGUGUGGAUCUGGCAACGCACACAUAGGAAGACUCAGUUUGAUGCUAAUCAUGUUUACGGAUCAAAAGAUCCAAGUUACUGUGAUGAGUCAAAGACUGAAGUACUUGCUGAUGGAAAGACUACUUCUACAACGUGUUUCGAUAGUGGCCUGGAUGAUCUCAGCUGUUCCUCCGCCACGCACAAUAGCUGCCGUCUCUUCGAAAUGCAGCAUUCGGCACCUGUGGACCCCACAAAGAUGGGGGUUGGAAGGGCUAUUGCUGUCCUCACCUCUGGAGGAGAUGCACAGGGUAUGAAUGCUGCUGUUCGAGCCACGGUGAGAGUUGGGAUCUACACUGGUGCAAAGGUUUAUUUCGUGCAUGAGGGCUAUCAGGGCCUGGUUGAUGGCGGAGAUAAUAUCCGACAAGCCACUUGGGAGAGCGUGUCAAUGAUGCUGCAGCUGGGUGGCACAGUCAUUGGCAGUGCCCGCUGUCAGGACUUCCGCACUAAAGAGGGUCGAGCUAAAGCCGCUUGUAACCUGGUGAAGCUGGGCAUCACUAAUCUGUGUGUGAUCGGUGGAGAUGGCAGUCUGACCGGUGCCAAUGAGUUCCGCAAUGAGUGGAGUGAACUGCUCCAGAUCUUGCAGAAAACAGGAAAGAUCACAGCAGAGGAGGCCAAAUGUUCAUCUCAUCUAAACAUCGUCGGGAUGGUUGGAUCCAUAGACAACGAUUUCUGUGGCACGGACAUGACAAUCGGCACAGAUUCAGCUCUGCACAGGAUCAUGGAGGUAGUGGACGCCAUCACUACAACAGCUCAGAGUCAUCAAAGAGCCUUCAUUCUGGAAGUGAUGGGGAGGCAUUGUGGGUAUUUGGCCUUAGUCACUGCCCUUUCAUGUGGUGCUGACUGGGUAUUUAUCCCCGAAAUGCCCCCAGAUGAAGGAUGGGAGGACCAUCUGUGCAGGAGACUCACUUACCAAAGAAGCAUUGGCAAUCGUUUGAAUGUCAUCAUUGUGGCCGAAGGAGCUUUGGAUCGACACGGCAAACCCAUCACCUGUGACAUUAUCAAGAACCUGGUGACUAAGAAGCUUGGUUUUGACACUCGGGCCACUAUUUUGGGCCACGUGCAGAGAGGAGGAACACCUUCAGCCUUCGACAGAAUAUUGGGCAGCAGGAUGGGUGUGGAGGCUGUGAUGGCGCUCCUGGAAGCCACUCCUGACACCCCUGCCUGUGUGGUCAGUCUGUCUGGAAACAUGGCUGUUCGUCUGCCCCUCAUGGAGUGUGUGCAAGUGACAAAAGAGGUGACCAAAGCCAUGGCCGAGGGCAGAUUUGAGGAAGCUAUUAAGCUCAGGGGAAAGAGUUUUGAGAACAAUUGGAACACAUAUAAACUCUUAGCCCAUGUGACGGCCCCAGAUGUGAAGAGUAAUAUAAACAUAGCUAUUCUGAAUGUGGGAGCUCCCUGUGCAGGAAUGAACGCAGCAGUCCGUUCAGCAGUCAGGAUCGGCAUCCUUCAAGGACACAACAUGCUGGCUGUUCAUGACGGCUUCGAGGGACUCGCAAAUGGAACUAUUGAACCAAUGGCAUGGGGUUAUGUGGGAGGCUGGACGGGCAAAGGUGGAUCUAUUUUAGGAACCAAGAGGUCACUGCCGGCUAAUAUGAUUGAAGAAAUCAGCCUGAAUAUAGCCAAGUUUAACAUCCAUGCCCUGGUCAUCAUUGGAGGAUUUGAAGCCUUUGUUGGAGGCUUGGAAUUAGUGACUGCCAGAGAAAAAUACGAGGAGUUGUGUAUUCCUCUGGUUGUUAUUCCAGCAACUGUGUCUAAUAAUGUUCCUGGAUCAGACUUCAGCGUUGGUGCUGAUACUGCGCUUAAUACUAUCACAACUACAUGCGAUAGGAUCAAGCAAUCUGCUGCUGGAACGAAGCGCAGGGUUUUCAUCAUUGAAACAAUGGGAGGAUACUGUGGUUAUCUGGCAACCAUGGCAGGACUGGCUGCAGGGGCUGACGCUGCGUACGUCUUUGAAGACCCCUUUGGCAUUCAUGACCUGGAGGCCAACGUGGAGCACUUACUGGAGAAGAUGAAGACAACAGUGAAAAGAGGCCUCAUCCUCAGAAAUGAGAAAUGUAAUGCAAACUACACUACAGAUUUUCUCUUCAACCUCUACUCAGAAGAGGGCAAAGGAGUGUUUGACUGCCGCAAAAAUGUUCUUGGCCACAUGCAGCAGGGUGGAACCCCUACACCGUUUGAUAGAAAUUUUGGCACAAAGAUGGGAGCUAAAGCUGUGCUGUGGCUGACAGAUAAACUGAAGGAGUGUUACAGACAUGGCCGUAUCUUUGCCAACACGCCGGACUCUGCCUGUGUCCUGGGAAUGAGGAAGAGAGCCAUGCUCUUCCAGCCUCUCUCUGAUCUCAAGGAGGACACUGACUUUGAACAUCGUAUACCGAAGACUGAGUGGUGGCUGAAGCUUAGACCCAUUCUCAAAAUUCUGGCCAAAUACAAGAUCAGUUUGGACACCUCAGAGACUGCUACGAUGGAGCAUGUUAUCAAGAAGAGAGGAGGAGUCUAGAUCACACACACACACACACACACACACACACACACACACACACCCACACACACAAGUUAAUAUGAUCCUAAUAUGAAACAAUGGUAUGUUGAUUAACACUUAUGUUCUUCCAAAUCCAUGUGAGCAUACAAUAUAAUAUAGUUUACAUAACUGAGUUAAUAAUGAGAGAAUGUUCAUUUUUUUGGUGAACUGUCCCUUUAAAUACCCACAACUUGUUUUGUUUUUGUUUUGUUUGUUACAAAAAUAUGAGAUUUUUUUGAUGUUCACAUCUGAAAUAAAUUGUAUUUUGUUUGGGGAAUGAAUAAAACAGCAAUGCUAAAUGCA